CAAUGCCACACCACAACAGUUUAUUGUGUGUAGUGAUUGAAUAUAGAUGCAUUGCAUAUUUUUCAUUUAAGAUUGUGAUUUAUAUGUCUUAACUUAAGCUAAGUUUGUAUCGGAAUAUCAUUUAACCAAGCGAUACUUGAAAUGGGGCUAGUUAGCGGAAAAUGUUUGACUUCUAAGCGUCUAGAUGGCAUUACUGCUGUUAUUACCGGAUGCAAUACGGGGAUCGGCAAGGAAACAGCGAAAGAUUUUUAUUUACGAGGCGCGCGUGUUAUUAUGGCUUGCAGAGAUUUACAGAAAGCUCAACAGGCAGCAGAUGAUAUUAGAAAAUCAUGCAUAAAUCAGGAGGGAAUUGUAGGCGAUGAAAUUAACAAAAACCUCACAAAACUUGGUGAUAUCGUCAUAGUUCCUUUAGAUCUAACAUCCUUCGAAUCAAUUAGAAAUUGUGCCAAACAUAUUUUACAAACAGAAAGUAAAUUGCAGUUGCUUAUAAACAACGCAGGAGUAAUGGCUUGUCCGCAAAUGAAGACAAAGGACGGCUUUGAAAUGCAAUUUGGAACUAAUCACUUAGGGCACUUCUUGCUAACAAUGUUGUUACUACCACUCUUGAUAGAAAGCAGACCCUCAAGAAUUGUGACAGUAUCUUCAGUAGCACAUUCACAUGGUGGGAACAUUGACUUCACCGAUUUAAAUUAUGAAAGACGGAGCUACAGCUCCAUUGGUGCUUAUCAGCAAAGCAAACUGGCAAAUGUGCUUUUUUCCAAAGAGCUUGCUAAACGCCUCAAAACAAAAUAUCCUGAAGUCACAACAUAUUCGCUACAUCCGGGAAUAAUCCACACUGAUCUUGGGCGACAUCUUGACUCUACAAUCUUCCCAGGAAUGCGCUGGAUAUGGCGUUCGAUCAUUGGACCAUGGUUCGCGAAAACUCCGCAACAAGGUGCUCAAACUACCAUAUAUUGCGCAGUAGACGAACAAUGUGAAGAAGAAUCUGGCUUAUAUUACAGUGACUGCCGUGCUGUUCGACCGAGCAGAGCAGCUCUAGACGAAGAAGCAGCUGUUAAGCUUUGGGAAAUUUCACUGAAAUUAGUUGGAAUAGAAAAUGAUCCGCUUUCACUGGCAUCUCUAUGACAACAUUGUACAACAAUACGGUAAUUUUAUAAUAACUUUACAUCAAAUAUAUAC